GCAGUUUUUAGCUAAUCUUCAAAAAUCAUCUCUUCUAACACUUCCCAAUUUGUAUUUCUUUCUCUCUUCUCCAAUUCCAUAUCUAACUUUCACGUCUCCGUAACUGAACUUUCCUCUUCUCUCUAACCAUAAAUAACCAGAGCAAGACAUAUUCUUUUCCUAAUUUCCCACACUAUCAGUCAUGGCUUCUGCUUUGCCUCUUCAUCCUCCAAUGCCUUUCUCUUCCUCCUCGCGCCUCAAAUCCUCCUUCCAUCGUUCGUCGCCGAUGGCGGUUGCGCUUCCCCAUUCCAGCAGCCCCUUUCUCUCUUCCUUCCCUGAAUUCAGAGGCUUGAGGAUACAAAUGCCUUCUUCCAAGUUGUCGUUUGUCUCGAUGAGUUCCAGAAGUGCUAGGGUUUCUCGACGGAGCGGAGGUCCGGUUGUCUGCGAAGCUCAGGAGGCUACAAUUGAUAUUCCUGCUGUUACUGACCAAACAUGGCAGUCGCUUGUCCUUGAGACUAAUGGGCCUGUUCUAGUUGAGUUUUGGGCUCCUUGGUGUGGGCCCUGCCGAAUGAUCCAUCCUGUUGUAGCUGAACUAUCAGAGCAAUAUGCUGGAAAAGUGAAGUUCUUUAAAUUGAACACUGAUGAAAGUCCUUCUACUGCAAGCAAAUAUGGAAUUCGAAGCAUUCCAACAAUAAUGAUCUUUGAAAAUGGAGAGAAGAAAGAUGCUGUCAUUGGUGCUGUGCCCAAAACAACACUAACUACCACCAUUGAAAAAUUCUUGUAGACGGAAGGUAAUAGAAUCUUGUCAAGAUCUCCUGUUUUAUACUUUUGGAGCCUUUCUUUUCUGCCUUAUUCUGUGAGUUCGAAAAAUUCAUCUCCCUGUAUAAUUAUGGAUGCUGCCAUCUUUUAUUUUUCAUGACAAUUUUGCUUAAAUGACAGCAAUAAGUGUUCGUUUUGCUUAAAAAAUUCUGGAGUCUCCUGGUCUGUUGGAUUACAGCCAAUUUAGUAACAAGCUGUGUUCCAUGUA